AUGGAAAAUCUUUCUCAGCAGACAAGAACACUAACUAAUCGGAAUUUUCAUACUGGAGAGCAGUCGUUACCAAUGGGAUGUUGGAACAAAGAUCAGCUAAGUAAAACCAUAACUGGUUCUACAUCAAGCCCUACAUAUAGUGUUGGCAUUGACAUCUUUCGAUCGGGUGAAAAUGGCUGUUAUAAUAUUGAAGCUAUCGUCUCAAAUAGAUUUUAUACAGUGAAGCGCCAUUAUAGUCAUUAUCAUGCAAGAUACAGGUCAGUGAACAAGAGUCGCAAUUUGAAUAACUUAAUUCCAGCUCAGCAAACACCAAUUCAAUUUACAAACAAGCCUGGUUUAAAAUUGCUUCAACUUGCUGUCCUAAAUGCUAGAUCAAUAAAGAACAAAACACUACAAAUCAAAGAUUACAUUGUGGAUAAUGAUAUAGAUAUUAUGGCUCUCACAGAAACUUGGCUUAAAGGUCAUGAGAAUUGUGAAUUUACAACGUGUGAUAUUUGUCCUUCAGGUUAUGUAUUUUCCCAUGUUCCACAGUUAACUUGUCCUUUGAUGAUGGUUUUACAGUUAACUUGUUCUUUGAUGAAUUUUCAUCUCUCCUGGAGUUACUGGUAUCUUCUUCUGGUAAAUUGCUCAUAACCGGGGACUUUAAUAUCCAUGUUAACGAUACGUCUGAUGCAACUGCUCUUAAGUUUCUGGACUUACUUGACUCGUUCAAUCUUAUACAGCACAUUAGCAUGCCAACACAUAAAAAUAGUAACACUUUGGAUCUCAUUAUCACCAGAUCAGAUGAAGAGACUGUCUGCAAUUUAUCUGUCAAUGAUCCUGUCAUUUCAGAUCACUUUGUUUUACAUUGUAACUUGAAUUUGGCUAAACCUACUAAAAUUAAGAAAAUUGUAACAUGCAGGAAAAUUCGAUCAAUUAACACAGAAAAGCUGCGCAAUGACAUAAUCAACUUGUCACUAUACCUAUCGCCUCAGCCUGUUCUUUCGGAACUUUGUGACCAAUAUGACAAGGUUUUAUCUUCAAUCCUUGAUGAUCAUGCGCCACUAUUGACUAAAACCGUCAUCCGACCAGCAGCUCCUUAGUACAAUGAGGAUAUUGCAGUGCAAAAAUCGAAGAGGCGCAAGUUCGAACGAUGCUGGCGUCGUUCUGGUCUCCAAGUUGAUCUACAGGUUUACAUCAAUCAGUGUCUAUUGGUCAAAGAAUUAGUUAAUACUGCAAAAGCGAAUUAUUAUUCUUCCUUGAUUGAGGAAGCGGGAUCAGACAAUAAGAAACUGUUUCACACUAUUGAUCGUCUCCUCCAUAGGCGUCCUGAGAAAUUCUAUCCGUCAUGUGAGUCGCUCAACGAACUGUCAACCCAAUUUAACAACUUUUUCACCAACAAAAUUGUCAAAAUUAGGGAAGAAUUAGCCAAUGACGAACCUGCUCUGACUCAUCUACCGGAAUUUGAUACUUCCCUCUCCCCCGAGUCAGAGCUGUUUACCUUCCCACCAACCACUGUGGAUGAAUUAUCAAAUUUAAUAUAUCCCAUCGCGUCCAAAUCAUGUGUCCUUGACCCAUUACCAGCUAAAUUACUUAUUCCUCAAAUAAAUGAUCUUCUACCAGUUAUUUGUAAAAUUGUCAAUUUAUCAUUGGAAUCAGGUAAUAUGCCAUCUACUUUGAAAAAGGCUGUGUUAACUCCGACCUUAAAGAAACCUUCAUUGGAUUAUCAGGAAUUUGUUAAUUUCAGACCAAUAUCGAAUCUUAAGAUGGUUUCUAAG